CUGCCGUUUACACAUGCAAACGUGCACGUCGCAAUUAAGCAUUCGAACAGAACAUUGGAUAACGAAAGUAGCUACUUUCGAGCUGAACAACUCAACAUCUCAUCUGCCAAUCUACGCUCCCGGGUUACGUGCCUUUAUGCUUGUUAUCUGAAUUCAUUGUAUUUACUCUUCAAUUCCUUGGAUUAUAGAUUGCCAUAGGACGUACUCGAGUUCCCCCCCACCUAUCUGUCGACUAUACACAGUAAAGCUAGGUAUUUUAGAAAGAUACCACCGACAGGUUCAUAUAAGACUUUGGCUAUCUAGGUCUAAUUACACUAUUACAAUGGCGUUUUCUUCGCGCACGCUACCUAGCCAUAUACGCCAAGCCUCUACCUCGAGCAAUCCCAGUGCUCAGUCUGCAGGGCAGUCAAGCGCACUUCUCGCCCGAGUCAAUGAGAAGAAGGCGGAGCUUGAGAAUCUAAAGGAGCUGCGGGAACUUAGCGCAGCUGUAGCAAAUCAGAUGGAAGCUCUCGAACAAAAACUUGCUACUCUAUCUGAUGGGACGGAAGCGAUUGCGACGGUAUUAGGAAACUGGCAUAAUGUUCUACGAGCUAUCAACAUGGCUUCAGCCAAAAUACCGAGUCCACGAAAUGCAGAAGAAACUACAUCCAAAGCCCAGGACGAUACUCUACCUCUACCGCAGACUCUAGUGCGAAUACCGACGGAACAUGCACCAGCGUUGCAAGCCCAGACAGAAGCGAUCAUGGAGGGCGAACAUAACUCAUCCUCAAUCUCAUAAGGUCAAACAGCCAAAGAGAUUAAUUCAUCCCCGUUAGACAAUAGGUACACAUUUUUAGAUACUUAAUAUGCCGUUAGGUGCAAGCACACAAAUCAUUGUUCAUAUAGAACUAGCUAUUAGGUAUCCGGCGUGGUUAUUUAAUUGUCUCUGACUGGAGCACUUACAUAUAUCCGCCAUUAUAUGUGGUCUAUUUUUAUAGGGCCAGCAGUUGCAGGAGUUGGGUGCCCUGAGUUUACGAAGGGUUAUUGUGUCGCGUUUUUUUUCUAUGGGAGUUUGCCCCAC